AAGAGUUGAGAAAAAGUGGAGAGGCAAAGUACUUCCACCUAAAUGAUGACCUGCAUGUUUUAAUUGAAGUAUUUGCUCCACCUGCAGAAGCAUAUGCCAGAAUGGGACAUGCACUGGAAGAGAUAAAGAAGUUCCUCAUCCCUGACUACAAUGAUGAAAUCAGACAGGCACAGCUUCAAGAGUUAACAUAUUUAAAUGGUGGUUCAGAAAAUGCAGAAGUUCCAGUAGUUCGUGGAAAACCAUCUAUUCGAGCAAGAGGAGUACCAGUUCCUGCUUUGUCAAGGGGACGUGGAGGAGUGCCUCCACCACCAGCGGGAGUACCGAGAGGGGCACCAGCACCCAGAGGAGUGCCUCCCAGUAGAGGACCAGUCAGCCGUAACCGUGGACUUCUAGCACCCAGAGCAAGAGGAGUGCCUCCAUCUGCAGGCUACCGGCCCCUUCCACCACCUCCAGCUCAGGAGACUUAUGGUGAAUAUGAGUAUGAUGAUGGUUAUGGAACUGCUUAUGAUGAACAGAGCUAUGAUUCUUAUGAUAACAGCUAUAGCACUCAAGCACAAAGUGGAGCAGAUUACUAUGACUAUGGCCACGGACUGAGUGAAGAAGCAUACAACUCUUACGGGCAAGAAGAAUGGACCAACUCAAGACACAAGACACCUUCUGCAAGGACAACAAAAGGAGUCUACAGAGACCAGCCAUAUGCCAGAUACUGAUUGUACUGUCUGAUGUUGUGAAAUAUCCAAUCUCCACCAGUCCUGUAUACUGUUCAAAGUAAUUUUUUCUAUGAACAAUCCCUUUUUAUUAAAUCAUAGCGUUUAAAAAUCUGAAUGGAUGGACUGAACUUAAAAUAUUUUGUUGAAAGAACAACCUGGACAGAAAGAUAUGUGAAACAAAGAACUUUGUUAUUUCCAAACUGUAUUUGAAAAAAUAGGUGAUCAAAACAAUAACCUUGAUUAACUAGUGUUAAAAAAAAAUAGGUUUACUAAAUAUGUUAGUCCAUUCUUUUAACAUAAGCGUAACCUUUUAUUUUAAAGGUUUUCAACACUUUAGUUUUUAGCUUUUAUUUUCACAUUUGCUAUAGUUUUUCUCUUUGCAAAUAUGCGUAAAAAGGGAAGCAGAUUACAAAUGCAAAUAAUGUGGUAUUUUGUAACUCAAGUCUUGAAAUGUUCUGUAGUGUUAAGCAAAGUUUUACCCUUGCUUGAUACUAAAUAAACUUUUGAAAGAAAA